UUGCUUUGGUGCACAUGUGCGCACAAAUAGUUGAAAACUACAUCAUAUUCUACAAAUUGUGCCCGCGCUGUCCCGAUUAUUUGAAAUUGGAACAAAAUGGUACAGAAAAGCAGUGGUUUUACAGCAUUUUUCAAAAAUAUCUACUAUGAUGAAUACAAAUGGGCCCUCGUAAAAAGUGCUUCAUUAUUCAUCCUGGGAGUUCGCAUAGCGAAGGAAUGUAUCGGAUUGGAGUUGAUGCCAUCGAUUGCUCACUAGAAUCAGCAUAGCUUUAGUUGUGUGAUUUGCUAUUGUUAAUAUUGAUUGACUUGUGGAAUAAUAAAAUUGUGUAUGAAUUCCUAAACUAUAAAGAUAUUUUGUAAGCAAGAUGAUUUUUCGAAUAAUUCUGGUUUCGUGCUUUUGGGCCAGUGUUCAAAGUGCUCCAAAUAUUGUGUUAGUUUUAACUGAUGAUCAGGAUAUCAUGCUGAAAGGUCUAAGUCCGAUGACAAAAACACAAAAAUUGAUAGCAAAUCAAGGAGCUACGUUUGUGAAUGCGUUUACAUCGUCGCCCAUAUGCUGCCCAUCGAGAAGUUCUCUUCUCUCCGGUCAAUAUGCACACAACACCAAAGUGUAUAACAAUUCGAAAUCCGGGGGUUGCUACGGUGUGCACUGGCGUGAAACCGUGGAGCCGGAAACAUUUCCUGUUUUAUUGCAAAAACACGGCUAUAAAACAUUUUAUGCUGGAAAGUAUUUGAACGAAUACUAUUCCAAGGAUAUUCCCGUCGGUUGGGAUGAGUGGUACGGUCUGCAUGGCAAUUCUCGGUAUUUCAAUUACACUCUUAACGUGAACGGAAAAGUGUUGUUUUACUCCGAUGAGUAUUUAACUGAUCAUCUGAAAAACCGUACGCUUGAAUUUUUAGAGAAAGUUAGUUCGAGUGCUCCUUUUUUUGCGAUGGUAUCACCACCAGCUCCUCAUGAACCUUUUACUGCAGCAUACAGACAUCAAGAUAUGUUCCCUAACGUAAAGGCUGUUAGAACAAAGAACUUUAACAUUCCAUUUGGUCCACUAGAAAAACACUGGCUUCUAACUAUGCCACCAUCGCCGUUGCCUGAACAAAUAGUAGAAGAGGUAGAUAUCAUUUAUCGAAAACGCUGGCAAUCUCUGAUGGCCGUAGAUGAAAUGGUGGCCGCUAUGGUGAACAUACUGGAAAAGCGCAAGUUAAUGGCCAAUACGUACUUUAUCUAUACUUCGGACAACGGUUUUCACAUGGGACAAUUUAGUCAACCGUAUGAUAAGCGUCAACCUUACGAAACUGAUAUAAGAAUACCGUUUUUGUUCCGUGGCCCGAAACUUUUGCCAAAAACUUUGGUAGCAUCUCCCACAGCACUUAUUGACAUCGCACCAACUGUUCUAGAACUAGCUGGAAUCGAUAUACCUCCUCAGAUUGAUGGUGAUUCAUUUCUUUCCAAAUUAAAUAAUAUGGAAAUUCAAGAACGACAAAUUUUAAUUGAAUACUGGGGUGAAGGUAAUAGUGAAACAUAUAAUCCUGAAUGUCCUUGGCAAAGAAAAGACAAUCUCUACCUCUGCUCAUCGGAAAUUGCUUGUCAUUGUCAGGAUGCGUGGAACAAUACGUUCAAUUGUGUUAGACACCUGGGAAGCGACAUGAAUAUGGUCUAUUGUCAAUUCAAAGAUAAAGAGAAUUUCGUGGAAGCUUACGAUUUGACAAAUGACUUGUAUCAGGUUAAUAACAUUGCCUACGAUAUGUUACCUUCAAUAAGAGCAAAGUACAGUUUGGCUCUCAACAAUUUAACCGAAUGUGUAGGUGAAACUUGUCGUCGAAUUUAUUAGUUUUUGUAUAACAUUUUUUGUUCUCUUAAAUCCUAAGUCGUCCUAGACGGGUUAUGUUUAAGAAUUUCUGAAUAAAUUUUCCGCAACCGAUAA